UUCGUCGUAGAAUAAGUACUCUUCGCCCACAUUCGCUUCGGAUUGUCGUAUCACGUUAUUUUUUUCCUUUGCGCGAAUUUUGUUUCCUUUAAUUUCAAUGUUGUCGUGAAAAUUUUCUAUGAUUUUUAAAUAGAGAAAUAGUCUCGCUAUUAUUUUUCGUUUAGUAAACGAGAAAUGACAGCGGAGUUCUUGAAUGAAGACGACGAAACGGAAAAGGAAGUGGUGCAGAGUGGUGAUUCGCGAAUCAUGUGGAUAAUAUUUACGGUCGCCGGAUUCGUAGGAUUAGUCGUACUUUUAGGGUUCAUAUUUCGUAUCAUAUGGAGAAGAAUACAACACCAAAAAAUCAAAAGAGAUACACCUCAAAAGCCGUUAACUCUUCGAAGACCAACACCAGCCGUAAAAAGUCCAGCUACCAAUCAAGGUUCAGGGCAUUACUUGAAGAAAAGCCCGAGCCCGACAGGACUUUCACCUUUGAGUAACACUUCCGGAAACAACAGUCCUAGUCCGACAGGAUCGACUCAACAAAGGUAUUCCCCUAAGGAAAGUCCCACUUCUGAAGAAACCAGUGGACCAUCAUUAGCUGAAGAAUCAGCAAACGCCACAGUUCAUGUCGAAGAUGAAACAUGCAGCGUAGAUUCGAAAUUGACAAAAUCCGACGACGGUUCGAUUAAAAUUACAACGAGCCAGGAAAUUCUAACUGGAACCUUGGGCCAAUUAUUUUUCAAUAUCAGAUACAAAAAGGAAAAGAACACACUGAUCGUCAGUAUAUUAAAAUGUCAGAAUUUACCAUCGAAAGAUUCAACAUCAGCGAACAGCGAUCCGUACGUUAAAUUGCAGCUUUUACCAGAAAAACAACACAAAGUUAAAACCAGGGUUUUGAGAAAAACACGUAAUCCUGUUUAUGAAGAAGAUUUUUCCUUCUACGGUAUUAAAAUAAAUCAGUUACAGUCUAUCACGUUACACUUCAUCGUAUUGACGUUCGAUCGAUAUUCAAGAGAUGAAAUAAUAGGAGAAGUAUUCUUCCCACUCAGUUCAGUCGACAUUAUAAAUCAAGACAAUACAAAUGUUACAUUCCAAAAAGAUAUUCAACCUCGCAGUCUAAAGGUGAAAAGUCAAGGGCGUGGAGAAAUGUUGGUAUCGCUUUGUUGGCAACCGGCAGCGAAUCGUCUAACCGUAGUUAUACUGAAAGCCAGAAAUUUACCUAAAAUGGACGUCACUGGUCUAGCUGAUCCAUACGUGAAGAUCUACUUAAUGUAUAAAGGGCAACGUAUCGCCAAGAAGAAAACACACGUUAAAAAACGCACACUGAAUCCAGUAUUUAACGAAUCAUUCGUAUUUGAAGUACCAUCUGGCAACGAUGGUCUUCAUAAUAUCAGUUUGGAAUUCUUACUCUUGGAUUGGGAUCGUGUGACCAAAAAUGAGGUAAUUGGAAGAUUAGAAAUGGGAGCUGCAUCAGAUUGUGAAUCAGCAUCUCAUCACUGGACCGAGGUAUGCAACUCACCUCGACGACAAAUUGCUGAUUGGCACAAACUACACGAGUAAAAUAUUCUGAAGGAGGUACAAGUGUAUGAAAAACCAUGAAUAUCAUGUUAUUUCUAAUAUCUCGGUACUAUAGUUUUAAUCAUACGUAUUAUAAUUAUUCCUGAACGAAUUGUAUGUACUUAAAUGUAUUUCGAUUUAUUUUUCGAGGAAAAAAAAAACAACAGCUAUAUGACCGCGACCUUAUACAAUAUUUUACGUGUAUUCAUAUCGUCAAUUUUUAAUUUUUUUUUUCUAACGACCACACACUUGAAUCCAUAGAUAAUAUUGUGAACAAAUUUUUAAACAUACCUUCUAUCAUUUUUAUUUAAUUUUUUUUUUUUUUUUUUUUUUUGGUAGAUCUAGGUGAUAUUUUUUUAUUUUAUAUACUUACGAUUAAUUUUUCUGUAAUUUUUACGAAUAGUGCGUUAGUUUGUUCUGAAUUCUCAAAACGAAUUUUGCUUACGAACGAAAUUUUUCAUAAAAACAUUUGUUAGAAAAAAAAAUGUACAUAAGCUUUGAGCUAUCACAUUCUGAAAAAUUUUUGACAUUAGUGUUUUGAGAAUUUAAAGAGAAAAAUACAGUCUGUACAUACCAAUACCUAAAUGUAAGAGAAGUGUUUUUAAUAUAAAUGUAUAUUAAGCGUAUUUUAGCACAGACCAAAAUACUGAAAGAUAUUUAUACGUAUUUUUGAUAAAGUUACUAUAGGCGAAGCUUACAUAUAACAGCCUACAUAAAUUUUGAAUUCGUACACUUCAAAGUUGUAAUGAACUUGAAAAGAAAAAAAAAUACGAGACAGUUUAUUAGUUACCAAUCGUUACCUGGUUGAUUUCCUUUUCAAAAGUAUUUCUUCCGUAUUGUUUUUUAUCGUACCGACUCCAUUUAUGUUCCGUAAGCACAAAAUAUUGCAUUUAUGGACCAGUGCGACGUAUGUAUCACGCUGAUUUCUGUGUCUUAUUUUAGUACAGCGCGUUUCCUAAAAUGUUAAGAUGUACUCGUAUUAUCAUUUAAGGUAUACUUAUCUUCAACAUUUAUCAAAUUUAAUGAAUUACAUAUUUAAAUAAAAUUAUUCUAACCAUAAA